GCCGCCGCCGCUGCCGCCGCCACCGUACACGGGGAAACGCGCGUAGCGCGCGCGCGAAUCCCCGAUCUCCCGUUCUUUUCAUCACUCCAGGCCGUCCAGCGGCUUCGCGUUCGAAGGAACAGGCGGAGCGCACUUGUGUUUACGCUUGAAGCAUUGACCGGCCACCACGGCGACCAUGUACGCGAAGGGAAAAGGGUCGUCAGUGCCCUCGGAUUCUCAGGCGAGAGAAAAGUUGGCUCUUUACGUGUAUGAGUACUUGUUACAUGUAGGAGCACAAAAAGCAGCACAAACGUUCUUGUCCGAGAUCCGAUGGGAGAAGAACAUUACACUGGGAGAACCACCUGGGUUUUUACACUCUUGGUGGUGUGUCUUUUGGGAUCUGUACUGCGCAGCGCCCGAGAGAAGAGACUCUUGUGAACACAGCAGUGAGGCCAAAGCAUUUCAUGAUUAUGGUUUUGUGAAUAGUGCUUAUAACGUCAAUGGCAUCGCACACAAUGCUGGACCAGCCCCAUCUCCAAUUGGUCAAAUGCCACCAAAUGACGGAAUGCCUGGUGGUCCCAUGCCUCCUGCUUUCUUCCCAAACAACUCGACAAUGCGACCAUCUCCGCCCACACACCCCUCAUCACAGCCAUCCCCCCAGCACCCCCAGCCACCCCCGCCCCCACACUCGCAGAUGAUGUCCACUCAGUUUAUGGGCCCUAGAUAUCCAGCAGGACCACGACCUGGAGUACGUAUGCCACAAAUGGGAAAUGACUUUAAUGGACCACCGGGACAGCCAAUGAUGCCAAAUAGUAUGGAUCCUACCAGGCAAGGUCCUCCGGGAAUGAAUCCAAUGAAUCCAAGAAUGAAUCCUCCGCGAGGACCGGGAAUGGGACCGAUGGGUCCUGGAAGUUAUGGUCCAGGUAUGAGAGGUCCACCGCCUAGUAGUACUUUGGGUCCAGGUGGGCCAGGAGGCCCUGGAAUGCCACCAAUGAGUAUGGCCGCUCCGGGUGGUAGACAACAGUGGCAACCCAACACAUCUACGCCAAUGAAUUAUUCGUCGUCAUCGCCGGGUAACUACGGAGGGCCGCCUGGAUCAACGGGGCCGCCAGGACCUGGUACACCUAUUAUGCCUAGCCCACAGGAUAGUAGCAAUAGCGGAGGGGAAAACAUGUAUACCAUGAUGAAGCCCGUACCUGGUGGAAAUAUGCCGGGUGAUUUUCCAAUGAGCGGCGGACCUGAAGGUGGUCCAAUGGGUCCUAUGGGUCCUAAUACAAUGGGUCCGGUUCUAAACGGUGAUGGUCUCGACGGAAUGAAAAACAGUCCAGCGAACGGUGGUCCUGGAACACCACGGGAAGAUAGCGGUAGCGGAAUGGGUGAUUAUAAUCUGGGUGGAUUUGGAGCUCCUGGAGAGAAUGAUCAGACCGAGUCGGCGGCCAUCCUGAAGAUCAAGGAGAGCAUGCAGGAGGAGGCGAAGAGGUUUGAGAAGGACUCAGACCAUCCCGAUUAUUUCAUACAAUAACUCUUCACGAGUCGUUGGACCCCGAGACCAAAUUAACGAUAUAAGAGAUAAACGCAAUCGAUUUCCUUUCUUCCUUUAGUCCAAGAACUAUUUCCAUUCUUUUUUUUCUCUUUUCCUCCCCUUCCCGUCGUAGAACCACUGCUCCCUCCUCGUACGUUUUCUCUCCCAUUCGUCCCUCUCACGGAUGAAACCUUUGCUGCACCUCACCAUGUAUAAGAUCUUCCUCUCCUCUCUUCUUUCCGAGCCGUCGAACGGCGUAGAUCGAUCUCCGUGAGGAAGGGCGCAAGAGAGAUCCUCUUCUGCGCGCAUUGGCGACUCAUCCUUUUUAUCGCGCGCUACCGCAAGGAGGAGGACUACGAUGUCAGGAUGGGAGAGACCUUCGAGACAGAGACAAAGAGAAAGAGAGCAUCGAUUUCGCGCGACUCUCACGUCGGCCGACGUUCUCGCACAGAGCGAUGUUGUACAGUAUCGAAAAACAUUGAUAGAGUGUUGUUAUCCUUGGGGUGGAUACGCCAAUCUGAGCGAACGAGUAACGCGGUCAAGCUUGAAACUUCCUGCGACUCGCUGCUCUCAGUCGAAUCGGAUACUCGCGGAACGAACGUUUUUUUUUUCUGCAUUUCUACGUGAUUAGAUAUCUCUCGAAUUUUAACAGGCUGAGAAACUCGCAUUUACCGUACGUUCGUUAUUCGUUCGCUUAGCGUACGGUUCACCCUUAGGCUGCGACCGCGAGUAUUGUUCCAGUAUCUUACUUAGUACAUGACGAAAAGAGAGAGAGAGAAAGAGAGAGAGAGAGAGAGAGAGAGAGAGAAAGUGUGCGUGUGUGCGUGUAUGUGUGAUAGUAUUAUACUAGUGUAAAAGUUAAACUCUUUUGAAAUUUUUACGAUCAGGAUCACGGUCGUUUUCAGGCUAAGUCCGCGAAAUUUUCUAAAUGAUGUUUUUGAUCGCAGUCGUCAUCUGUUCCGUACAACAAUCUCCAUUGAGAUUCUUGUUAUACAGCCAAAUUCGUACAAUCAUUGGAUUUAUCGAUCCAUCUAGAUUGAUCCACCCAUUGGAUCGUUCAAGCUAACUAUGACUAGCUCUUCCUUUAUAGCUUGAUUUGAUUAUGAUUUGAAAAUAGUCAGACACACCAGUCUGAUUAUAGCCAAUGAGACUGUGAAAAAUUUAUCGGUAAUUGAAACCCGAUUCGAGGAUACAAUUCUCAAUACAAUUCUCAACUAUUCAAUCUACCAGAGAGCGAUCACUGACUGCGAUCCUCGACAUUUAACAUCGUCACCGCCGCAUCGAUGGAGAUUGCGCACACAAGGUGAUCCAGGUCGUCGUAGAAUCCAAGAACAAGGACAGCAAUUGAUGUCACACGACAUGAACCACGAGAGGGGUCAAUUGAAAAAGAAAAAGGAAAACGAAAAGAAAAGGACGUUGUCAUAUAGUCAUGGAUACGUAAAAGCACUAGCAAUGGCGUGACAGAACAUUUUGUGACCGCGAGGACGAAAGCUGCGUCGCCAGAACGUGGGAAAUCCUUGGUAUUCCGUCACGAUCGAGGACCAAAUUCAUUUCUAUCGUACGAUAAGUAUGCGAUUCUCUCGCCAUGAGCUGAGCAAAUUACUUACGAUGGAAGGAAGGGGUGUUCAAUCUACCUGUAGCCGGUUACAAAGUAUUCUGUUAGGACCUAUACUUUUCGACGAUUCGUUUCGCGAUGAUCAUUGGCGGUCAGUGACGUUUCGCGUUAUCAUAUCACGAAAAUAGUUUAACUUGUCUUUAAAUAACUCCGUGCUCUUUUAUGAAAUCAAACUUGGGUAUUCGUGGAAAUUGACAUUCCUUCACGAACUCCUUUACACCGCUGAAGAAAAAUUAACACACUGUGAUUAAUCGUGACUUAUAUGAUGUGUAUUUCAAUUUCUAGCACGUUUAAUAUUUAUUCUAACGAAUCGUAAAAGAUGGUCGAAUUAUAUCUUAAUUGUCAUUAAUUAUUUUCUAAUUAUUAAUUAUAUUGUGAUAUUCUUUUUUUCUUCGCGUUGUCAUUCUUUCACGCGAGUAGUGCAAUUUCGACUUAUUUAAGCACAGUUCUUACACGAUAUUAUUGCACAAUAAUUCAUAUUAAAUAAUAUUGAUGCAUAGUGGCUACUUGGAUCUUAAGUCAUCGAACACUUAGAGAAACUUUGUGAGAAACACACGUAUCUAAUGGCUGAAUUAACGAAAAUAUGCCAGAAAAAAAUGAUUGCGUGUCUGAGCCAUUGUGCUUUGUGACCGGUCAUGAAUGAUUGUUGGGACUUCCAUUGUAACAAUCUUAAUAGACUAUGAUUGGGUCGAGCGCGACACUUUUAUAUGAUUCCAAUUCGUACGUGAGAAUAAUAUGUACGCGACAGAAAUCGCUGUUAGAUUUUAUAUACGAUGCGUUUGCCACUUAACAUCGACUCGUUUUUGCUUUGACGACAUCCUAUUCAGGGUAUCUAAAAUACAAAAAGUAAUGGAAUUUCACUGUUGUAUCAUCGAUCAUCAAUUAUUACAUUUUUUAAGACUCGUUUCAAGCGCAUCGUUCCUUUGAUGAAAUCAAAACAUACCCAGUAGUCCCACGAUAAAUUAUAGAAUUAAUUUAACACACAGCUGAAUAUAUAUAUAUAUAUAUAUAUAUAUAUAUAUUUCUUCUUAUUUUUGGAGAAGAUAAGAGGAAAAAAAAUGAUAAUCUCGAUCGCUCUCUCUCUAGCGUUGAAUUCAGGAUAUCUUAUAUGGUAUUUUGUAUAAAGAAUAGAAUAUGUGAGUUCCAUAAGAAGUUUUUCUGCGGAUCUUCUCUCUGUGAGCGCUUAAUUCGUUUAGUCUGUUCUUUCUGGAUGCACCUUGUACGCUUUUCCUCUUCCUUUUUUCUCUUUCCAAAGCGUAAACAUAUAGUUGCUUCGUUUUAAGUGCAGAAAGCGUGAUAAGAGUUGCAGCUAACAAGAACAGAUCUAAAUGAGAUCAAUCGAGAUGUAUCGCAACACAGAGAAGAAUAUUGGUAAUUUUAUUGUCGAGUUACUUUGGUCCAAGUCGGAUAAGAUGAUGGCAAUGGAUCAUCGCAAUCCCUAGAUGGGAGUUGCGCCUUAUGUUACAUACGUCCUUGUAUAUGUAUAUUGCUAAGUUCUUAAAUGUAUGUAUUCGGACUCGAUCAUUAUCUCGUUCCUCUUCUAUUCCUUAUUUAAGAAUAUCUUUCGGCGGCGACACGUGUAAGUGGGUGAGUGUAAAAAAAAGGAAAAUGAAAAGAAAAUCUGUCCUUAGGAAAAGCGCGUUCAACUCUUUCACUAAUUUAAGCAACAGUGAAUUAUUAGAUCACGACAAGCAAACGCGGCAUGACGAUUUCUCUUUUGUGAUGAUUCCCUCGUGUGUGUGGGACUAAAUAGAAAUUAGGAAGCCAAGCCGCCAGUGAGAGAGUUGAAAGCGAAAUUCGAGAUAGUGAUCGAGCCCGCGUUUAUUAGUUUACGCAUUCGCGAUCGAGAGGGACCGAUCCGAUAUCGAUCGCGACCAUGAAGGGCAUGAAGAAAAGAGAAAAACUUAGGUAUUAUAAAUCGAGUCGCGCACACAGUUCUUCGCGGAUCCGGAACCGGAGAAAUCGGAGCGGGCAGGAGUUUGAUCGCGCGUGGUCGACGAUUCGUCGAGAGGGGCGACUUGUUCGACGAAGGGCGCGUCCGCAUAUUCGGAGCAGCGUCCUCCCUCCCAUCCACCCUCGCGUCCAGCCCACCCCUUCUCCCCUUGUAAUUAAUUUACACACGCGUAACCAUUAUAACACACGCGUUUCACACAUGGGCUGUAAAACUCGCGCAGCAGACCUCACGCAUUCUACGGAUUCACACAUGAUCUAUCGACAUAAUUAUAGAAAUACCUAUUACGAGUAUAGCAUUCAGUAGCAUAAAUAAUAAAGUAAUUAAAUAAAUGUCAUCUGUAUAUCCUA